AUGGCUCGUACCAAGCAGACAGCCCGAAAGUCCACGGGUGGUAAGGCCCCCCGUAAGCAGCUCGCCACCAAGGCCGCACGCAAGUCGGCCCCCGCCGCCGGUGGUGUCAAGAAGCCCCACCGAUACAAGCCCGGUACCGUCGCUCUUCGUGAGAUUCGUCGCUACCAGAAGUCGACCGAGCUCCUCAUCCGCAAGCUGCCCUUCCAGCGUCUUGUGCGUGAGAUCGCUCAGGACUUCAAGACCGACCUGCGAUUCCAGUCGUCGGCUAUUGGCGCCCUCCAGGAGGCUGCCGAGGCCUACCUCGUGUCGCUGUUCGAGGACACCAACCUGGCUGCUAUCCACGCCAAGCGUGUCACCAUCCAGCCCAAGGACAUCGCCCUCGCGCGACGACUGCGUGGCGAGCGAUCCUAA